AUGUUGUUAAGACGUAUCUUUAUUUUCGAAAGACAUCCAAUAGCAAUUCAAGUAAUGGCUCAAGCAACAACAACAACCAGCACUUCCCAGAGUAAUUUAAUUAGCGAGUGGGGUCCGAGACCAGAUGUAUUACAAGCAUUCAACACACUAGAAGCCGACAAAGAACGCGAUCAUGAUCGUUUAUCUGCAAAACAUGCUGCUGUCAGAUCAGAAGAGAAAGGUACUCAAAAAGAAAAGAAAACCUUAAGCACAACAACAGCAGCUAUCAACGAAGAAACUAAUCGUCUUCUAUUGAAAAUGGAAGAAGAAAUUCAAAAUCUAAAAUUUUUAGAAAAUGAACGCAGCCAACUUUCUACUCAGCACAAUGAUUUAAUUACAACUAUUAAUAAAACUAUGUCCAAAUUGUACAACCAGGAUGUGCAUGUAAAAGAGUAUGAGACUAAAAUUAGUGAAAAUAAUAAUCAACAACAAAAGUUAGAAAUGGAAGCACAACAACUACAACAGCAGAUAAACAAUCUAAGUCGAAAGGAAAACGAAAGAAUCCAAGAACAAAAUUAUCUUCAGCUAUCAUUAAAAGGUCUUCAAGAAUUAAUAAUUCAAACACGUCUAGAAUUAGAAGUUCAAGAACAGCACUUGAAAGACGAGCAAGAAAAUCUAGAGAAAAUUGAAGAAAAAAUCACAGAAAUUAAAGAUGAAAUUAAACGUCUUGAAACAAAAAUGAGAGAGUAUGAAACAGAACUUCAGAGUUUAAAAGAUGAACAACUUCAACUUCAACUGAAACAAGAAGAUUUGAAACGUCAACAACAACAAUUAAAAAUUAUUAUUGAAAGAUUUCAAAAAAUUUUACAAGACAAAGAAGCCAAACAACUUCAGAUGCAGAUAGAAGAUGCAAAGUAUAGAGAAAAUAUUGCAAAAUUGAAUCGAGAACUGGAGCAACUCAGAGAUGACACAGAAAACCUAAACAAACAAUUAAAUGAUGAAAAAGAAAAUUUAGUAAAAGUUGAACAACAACUGAAUCGUGUUGAAAGUGAACGCAUCGCUAUAGAAAUUGCCAAACGUGAUCUUCUAAAAGAAUUACAGUUACACAAGGAUGAACGUCUAGAUACGGUUAAUCGAUUAGAUUAUUCCAGAACAGAAUUAACAGCAGUAACUUCUGUAUUGCAAGCGACAGAAACUAAAGUUCGUGAUUGUGAAUCGAAGCUUGAGAAACUAAACUCUGAAUCAAAUGAAGUACAAAAACAAUCUGACCAGCUUGACAUUGAUUUAGCAGCAGCCACCAAUCUGAGUAAUACUUUAAAUGAAAGCAAAGAAGAUGCAAAUAGAAUUGUGGAAAAAGUUGCGAAUGAACAUCGAGAAGCUGAUAAUCUACUGAGACAGUUAAAAAAAGAAGUGUGUGAUAUAAAUCGUCAACAUGAAAAGGCUAAAGGUGAAGAACAAAUAGCUCUAACACAGCUGAAUGAUGCUGAACAUGAAGUUCAAGCAACUGAAGAAGAAGUUCGUCUGGUUCAGGAACGGUUAACGGCACAGCAAGCAGUGUUAGCUACAUGCAACGCCGUAACCUUCCUCGGAAUCACAUUCGUUGGUAGUCAAUCAGUCAAAACUGCACAAAUGGCACUGGUUGCUAAAACACAACAAGAACUUGAAUCUGCAAAAUCACGUAGAGAAUCCAAAAAGAAUAAGCUCAAUGAAUGUAAAGAAAAACAUUUGAACUGUAAAGAAAAAACUAUUGAUCUUGUGCGACAAUUAAACGAUAAGACUGAAGAACGUAAUAGUCAAGAACAAACUUAUGUUCUGAAAGCAGCUGAGUUAUUGAAAAGUAAAUAUAAAUUUGACGAUUUAAAAACUCAGUAUCAAAGUGCUCGAGAAAAGAAGAAUGGAUUGGAGAAUGCCUUGAAGAAAACAGAGAAGAAACUUAUCGGUCUCAGAGAGAACAUAAGUAAUAUGACAGGUGAAUUACAGAAACAUCGACACGAAGUUACUAAUUAUGGUACUCAAAAACGUGACUUGACUCUUAAAGUGAAGACACUGGAAACUGAUCUAAUACGACAAGAAUAUACAAUUAAAGAAGUUACUGAUAACAUCGGCCUGAAUCAAACAGAACUGGAUCGAAAGAUCAGCAAAGGACAACAACUGACGAAAAAUGUUGACGAUAUGAAGCAGAAAGUACAACUUGUAAAACAAUCAAUGGGAGAAAAAGAUAAUGAUAUAAAAACGAAAACAAGAGAAAUUGCUAAUGAAGAAACCCUACGAGAAGCCUUGAUUACAAGUGCAGCUGAAUUGCAACAACAGAUUACCGUUCAAGAAGGAAAACUAAAUGAUAUUAAACAUCAAGCAGCAGCAAAUGACAGUGUUCUGGAUACUGUUAAUAAAAGAAUUGAGCACGUGCAAGCUGACAAAGCUAACAUGGAACAACAACGUGAUCAUUGUAGAGAAAAUAUUAAGAAGCAGGAAAAAGUAUAUCAAGACACACGAAUGCAUGUUCAGCAGCUGAAUAGUCAAAUUCGACUUUUGCAAGCUAAAUCAAAUAAUUUAAAUGCACGUGAUAGUGAGCUUAUGAAUCAAAUUCGAAACAGUGAGAAACAACUACGCAACAAACGAGAGCAAAUUAACAACAGUUAUACUCAUACGAAUAAUUUGAAAGAAAGCAUCAAAGAUCUUCAUUCAGAUCGUUUCCUGACAAGUACUCGCUUAAAUACAACAAGAAGUGAUGUCGAGAACCUUGAAUCUCAGCUGAAAGAGAACGGAAAGAAAUUGACAGACUGUGAAACGGUAUUUCACCAACUAUCCACUGAAGUUAAGAAGGCAAAUAACACUCGGAUGGACAAUGAAGAUUUACGUGUGAAAACUCUUCGUAAACUUGAAGAAUAUGACAGAAAGAAAAAAGAUAUUUUAAUAGAACUAGAUAAAAAUCGUGCAGAGCUAGACAAAAAAUCAUUUCAGUUGAUUGAAAAGGAUAUAAAACAACAUCCAGACCACAUUUGGAAUCAAGCACAGCAGCAGCAGCAGACUGAAGAAGUUGAGCAGUCUCUUACUACUACUCAGCAACAACAAUUUCAAUAUCAAUGA